AAAAAAGCAUGUUCCAUGGGCAGAAUAGCUCUUAUCUUCAACAACACACUGGUUGAAUCAUACUUCCUGUCAGGCAGUAUUCAGCAUAACUGUCAGGCAGAGGCGGCAAGCAUCUUCCUCAUAAUUGACAUGGAUCAUCAUUUGCCAUUUGUUCUUCUGCCUUUAGUCCUGUCAGUGGCUCCAAAUGGAUUGUGUCAAAAGGAAGACAUUUGCUCAAAGUCCUUAGUAAACUCCUGCAAUGACUGUAUCAGAUCUGGGCCAUAUUGCGCUUGGUGUCAACAACUGAAUUUCACCAAAGCAGGUGAACAGGAGUCAGCACGCUGUGAAACCCAAGCUAAAUUGAUUGGAAGAGGCUGCAAGGAAGAAGAAAUUAUUAACCCUAUGAGUAGUCAACAAAUUCAAAAGGAUGAAUCUUUUUCCACAUCAUUCAAUAUGAAAGAGCCUAUUCAACUAAGACCACAGAAGAUAAGUCUAAGAUUGCGACCUGGGCUUCCAACCACAUUUAGUGUUUCAUUUAAAAGAGUUCAGGGUUAUCCAGUUGAUCUUUACUACCUGAUGGACUUGUCUUUCUCGAUGAGGGAUGAUUUAGAAAAUGUUAAAGAAUUGGGCCAAGAUCUCUUUGCAGCUCUAAAAAAAAUUACGGCUCAUGCACAAAUUGGGUUUGGGGCCUUUGUUGAUAAGACUGUUCUUCCAUACACCAACACCAACAAAAACAAACUGCAGAAACCAUGUAAUGAAAAUUACGAGUGCCAAGCUGCCUUUGGGUACCGGCAUGUGCUGAGUAUGACACCAAGGAUUGAGGAGUUCAAAGGAAAAGUCACCAAACAGUUGAUUUCUGGGAAUUUAGAUUCUCCAGAAGGGAGUCUUGAUGCUAUGAUGCAGUCUGCUGUUUGUGGGGAUCAAAUAGGCUGGCGGAACAGUAGCACUCGACUGCUUGUGUUAGCAACUGAUGAUGGAUUCCACAUGGCUGGAGAUGGAAAAUUGGCUGGUAUCCUGGAGCCAAAUGAUGGAAAUUGCCAUAUGAAAAACACCCUAUAUACCAAGAGUAAUGAAAUGGACUACCCAUCAGUUGGACACCUGGCGACGCAGUUGGAAAAAAAUAAUAUUCAACCCAUAUUUGCUGUCACAAAAAAUGUGGAAUACAUGUACAAGCAACUCUCCAGUAUGAUCCCAAAAUCUGAGGUGGGAGUUCUUUCACAAGAUUCGAACAAUGUUGUUCAGUUGAUUGAAAGUGCAUACAACAGAUUGUCCUCCAAAGUUACACUAACUCAUGAUACUCUCCCAGAAAAUAUCAGAGUUGUUUACACUGCACGCUGUGAAUAUCCAAGACAAGAAGGGGACAACAAAGGAGUUUGUGACAAUGUUCAUGUUGGACAGGAGAUUUCUUUUGAUGUAACAGUUACAACAGAUUCAUGCAUAGAGAACCAAACAUUCUCUAUCAGACCACUUGGUAUCAAAGACACAUUGACAGUGACCUUAUCUACAAGCUGUGAGUGUCUGUGUAACAAUCCAAGAGAAAGUAGCCACCAACUUUGUAAUGGCAAUGGAAGUAUAAGCUGUGGUAUUUGCAGUUGCAGGCAACACUUUGUCGGUCAGUUCUGUGAAUGCUCCAUUGGCAACAAAGAUGAACACUCCCUGAGAGGAUCAUGUCUGAGUCCAAGUGGCACUGAGUGUGAGAGUCAUGGAGAUUGUGUGUGUGGCAGAUGCCAGUGCCACACCACAGCAAGUGGAAGCAGUUAUUAUGGUGACUUUUGUGAAUGUGACAACGAACACUGUGAAAAGUUCCACAAUAAAUUAUGCGGAGGAAAUGGUCAGUGCAACUGCGGAGAAUGUAAAUGCAACCCAGGAUUCGAUGGCUCAGCGUGUCAGUGCACUAAGUCAGAGGAGGGGUGUCGUACCCCGAAUAAUACCAUCUGCUAUGGUAGAGGAAAUUGCAAGUGUAACCAUUGUGAGUGUAAAAAUGGAUACCAACGUCCACAUUGCCAGAUAUGUCUUGGUUGCCCUGACCCCUGCCAAACCAAAUUAAAUUGCAUUGAAUGCCUAGGCUUUGAAUCUGGUCCUUUAAAAAAAAAUUGCAGUCUGGCUUGCAAAGAAACCAUUUCACAUGAAAUGAUAGAGCAGUUUACUUUUUCAAGCAAACUGUGCCAGCAAAAGGACACAAAUGGCUGUUGGAUCAAAUUCAAAGUUGAUCAACAUUUUGGAGAGGAUAAGUACAUGGCUGAAAUCCUGAAACAGAGAGACUGUCCAGAACCACCCAAUGUUAUGGCGAUCAUCUGGGGUUCAAUUGGAUUGGUGGCUCUCAUCGGCAUCUUUUUGUUAAUGCUAAUUAAGCUGCUUAUCUACAUGAAGGAUCUGAAAGAAUUCAGGAAGUUUGAAAAUGAAAAGAAGAAAUCCAAAUGGGCAGAGCUGCCAAAAAGCCUCGUCCUCGAGGGGUUGAAUGCUUCAUUGGAGCUGAGGCCGCUGAUUCACCCCUCCUCAAGCCGUCACCUUAUCGUGGUGGAGGGGUUUGUGUGUCCCGAUGAUCCUCGGGGCUAAGUUGUCUGAGGCUUCAUGCCCCUGGUAGGGUCACCCAUGGCAAACAGGUCAUAGGUCACUGGGGCCCCCCUCUGGAGCCAGGCCUGGAGGUGGGGCUCGAAGGCGAGCACCUGGUGGCUGGGCCUGAACCCAUGGGGUUCGGCCGGGCACAGCCCGAAAGGGUAACAUGGGUCCCCCUUCCCAUGGGCUCACCACUUGUGAGAGGGGCCAUAGGGGUCGGGUGCAAUGUGAGCUGGGCGGUGGCCAAAGGCGGGGACCUUGGCGAUCGGAUCCCCGGCUACAGAAACUAGCUCUAGGGCCCGAGUUGGUGCGUGAGGUCAAGAAGUUCGCCACCACUCCUCUUGAGAGGGGUUGGACUCUGUUCCACUCUGGGAUUGCCCACAGGGAGAGAUGCUGAGCAGGGGUGAGUAUACUUAAUGCCCCCCGACUCGGGGCCUGGACGUUGGGGUUUACCCCCUCAACCCCAGUCUGUCUGGUUUAGCCGUCGUGGGAUGCCCCUCAGAUGGCCGCAGACCAGUCGCCGCUGAGGCUUCAUCGUGUGGCAGCCAGGGGGCGGUCGCCGGUGAGGCUUCAUCGUGAGGCGGCCGGGCAUCAGUCGCUGCCGAGGCUUGGUCAGGGAGCGAAGAUUGGUGGCCGUCGUGGCAUGGCCCUCAGACGGCUGCGGACCGUGACUUGGCACAUCUGAACUGGGGGCUUGCCCAUGAAUGAGAGUUGACUGCUUUAGGGAGAAUCCGACUGGCUCAGAGUCAGGGAUCCCGGAGGAGAACUGGCAGAAACUAGGGGGCAUUAAUAGAUCAUUCUUGGGAACAGCAUGGAGCGACGGGAAUGAUAAAGUCCUCUCCUUCUGAAGUGGAGGAACAUAGUUUGACUCAUCUUUAUCUGAAUUCAGUCCAUCCUCUGAACUUAAUUAGACCUUAUUAGUGUGAAACAAAUUGGAGAGGGCUUAAAAUGCAAAACACACGUUGAAGGCGCUCUGGCAGGCUUAACUUCGAUCGCCAAUUACACCCUUUUGUUUCGCCGCUCGCCCGGAGGUCUGUCGCCACCGCGACGUAGGUGUGACGCAGCAACAAAUCUGUUACCAUCAGCGACGUGAGGUAGGUUCGGAAAGGGGUUGAUAGAUAGAGAGAGAGAGAGACAGAGAGAGAGAGAGAGAGAGAGAGAGAGACAGAGAGACAGAGAGACAGAGAGAGAGAGUUCAUGCACCUACAUCAUAAAGUCACGUGACAUCACCAUAUUGCCGGUCAAACAAAAUAUUGUUGCAAGUUAAUUCCGUUGAGACGAAACGGAAAUGUCUUAUAGCACAACACCCAGAGUUUUGUCCAAUACCAUUAAAGAUUUAGAUGCUGAUAAUAAAUGAAGUAACAUGGAAAAAUAAGAGACACUUGUCAUAGAGGAUCCAUAUUUAAUGCUGAAGUCGAUCUUUUCUGGUCUUUUCAGCUGGUUUUAUAUAGAAUGAUAUCUGUGAAGAACUGUGUCGUCUAUUGUGACAACCAAUAGGACAACAGGUCUCGGGCAAUUUGAAAAAUCUGCUUGGGUUCAACGGCUCCUGCACUGCAGAGUGCUCGGUUUUACCGGCAUCAUGGCGCCGUGAAAACCGUGAUAUCACGUGCACAAGCUCUAUGUAUAUAUAGUGAAGAAAAUGAGUAUUUGAACACCCUGCUAUAUUGCAAGUUCUCCCACUUAGAUAUGAUGGAGGGGUCUGAAAUUUUCAUCGUAGGUGCAUGUCCACUGUGAGAGAGAUAAUCUAAAAACAAAAAUCCAGAAAUCACAAUGUAGGAUUUUUUAACGAUGUAUUUGUGUGAUACAUCUGCAAAUAAGUAUUUGAACACCUGAGAAAAUCAAUGUUAAUAUUUGGUACAGUAGCCUUUGUUUGCAAUUACAGAGGUCAAAAGUUUCCUGAAGUUGUUCACCAGCUUUGCACACACUGCAGGAGGGGAUUUUGGCCCACUCCUCCACACAGAUCUUCUCUAGAUCAGACAGGUUUCUGGGCUGCUUCAGCUCCCAACAAAAAUUUUCUUUUGGGUUUAGGUCUAGAGACUGGCUAGACCACACCAGAACCUUGAUAUCCUUCUUAUGGAGCCAGUCCUUGGUUUUCCUGGCUGUGUGCUUCGGGUCAUUGACAUGUUGAAAGACCCAGCCAUGACCCAUCUUCACUGCUCUGACUGAGGGAAAGAGGUUGUUCCCCAAAAUCUCACAAUACAUGGCCACAGUCAUCCUCUCCUUAAUACAGUGCAGUCAUCCUGUCCCAUGUGCAGAAAAACAGCCUCAAAGCAUGAUGCUAUCACCCCCAUGCUUCACAGUAGAGAUGGUGUUCUUGGGAUGGAACUCAUCAUUCGUCUUCCUCCAAACAUGGUGAGUGGAAUUAUAACCAAAAGUUCCAUUUCGGUCUCAUCUGACCACAAAACUGUCUCCCAUGACUCCUCUGUAUUAUCCAAAAGGUCAUUGGCAAACUUAAGACGUGCCUUGACAUGUGCUGUUUUAAGCAGGGGAACCUUCCGUGCCAUGUAUGAUCUCAAACCAUGAUGUCUGUAUUACCAACCGUCACCUUGGAAAUGGUGGUCCCAGCUCUUUUCAGGUCAUUGACCAAGUCCUGUCAUUUAGUCCUGGGCUGAUUCCUCACCUUUCUAAGGAUCACUGAGACCCUACGAGGUGAUAUCUUGCAUGGGGCUCCACUACAAUUGAGAAUGACCAUUAUGUUUAGCUUCUUCCAUUUUCUAAUGAUUGCUCCACCAGUGGACCUUUUUUCACCAAACUGCUUGGCAAUUUCUCUGUCGCCCUUUCCAGCCGUGUGGAGUUGUACAAUUAUGUCUCUGGUGUCUUUGGAAAGCUCUCUGGUCUGCCUCACACAGGUGCAUCUGAUUCAGGAUAAUACAUGGAGUGUAGAUGGACUUUUAAAGGCGGACUAAGGGUUCUUUGAGGGUCAGAAUUCUUGCUGAUAGGUGUUCAAAUACUUAUUUGCAGCUGUAUCACACAAUUAAAUAAUUAAAAAAUCAUUAUUGUGAUUUCUGGAUUUUCGUUUUUAGAUUAUCCCUCUCACAGUGGACAUGCACCUACGAUGAAAAUUUCAGACCCCUCCAUGAUUUCUAAGUGGAGAACUUGCAAAAUAGCAGUGUGUUCAAAUACUUAUUUUCUUCACUGUAUGUCACCUGUUUUAUGUAAUUCAGAAAAUAUUGUAAAUUGUUUUCAUUUACAAACAACCACAAUCAGUGACAGUGCUGGCCACAAUGGAGCACAAUGCAGAGUCCCCACGGUGGUCAGCCCCGCCCCACAAUUUCUUGGUGCAGUGAGUUUUGGGCAUAUAAUUUGUUGGGCUUUGUCCUGUUCUGAUGAGUUCAGCUGUGUCGAUGGCUGUGCCCCUGGCUAAACAUUUUCACUUCUCUG